AUGAUCACCGAGUCAAUAAAAAGGGUAAAUGGGUAUGAAAAAAAUCCCUAUACAUACUACCAUUCUAUUAUUGUCGGCGCUAGAGCGUCCGGCAUCGCUGCAGCAUGUCAAUUGAAAGCCCAACUCGGAUUCGAUCAGUUGCGCGUCUUUGGCCGCCAGACUGGAAUUGGAGGGACUUGGUGGAUCAAUCGGUAUUCUGAUGUUUCUUGUGACAUACCCGCAAUAUUCAACUCCUUCUCCUUUGCCCAAAACUCUAACUGGAGUUCCUUUCACCCACCCGGCAAGGAAAUCGUCCAGUACUACAACGAUGUGUGCGAGAAAUAUCAAGUCACCGAGAAAUUCGAGCUCAACACCGACAUCCAGAGCUGUAGAUGGCUAGACAACGAAGCCCUAUGGGAAGUCACUCUGUGCCGCCUAGUCGCAGGCAUGGGUGACAUCUCAUCCAAAGACCCCAUGAAAAUAGUGCAAGAAAAGGGCAAGCAGGCAGUAUAUGCCGAGACGCAAGUCGUAAAAGCAAAAGUAGUACUGAGCUGUGUGGGCGGCCUAGUGGAGCCCAAAGCCUUUCCCAAAAACAUCAAAGGCAUCAAAACCUUCAAAGGCAAAAUCUUUCACUCUGCACGAUGGGACAACACAGCCAAUCUUACAGACAAAAACUUCGUAGUGAGCUUACGGACACAGCCUCUGAGUAGAAUUACUGAGACGGGCGUCGUUGUCGGACUAGGUGCAUCGUACCCGGCGAAUGCAAAGAAGGCAGACUAUCCUGAACGCGAGAUCCCUGCUGAUAUCAUCGUUCAUGCCGACGGUUUCGACACAACGCGAUGGUUGCAUCCGCUUAAAGUCAUUGGUAAAGAGAGAACGGAUAUUGUCGAGGCCAUGGAGGAGAGGGGAGGCGCCCAGGCGUAUCAGGGCACGGCUGUGGACGGGUUCCCGAAUUUUAUGAUGAUAUUCGGACCCAAUACUGUGACUGGGCAUUCCAGUGUACUUAUGGCGAGUGAAAACAUGGUCAAUUACUCCAUCAACUUCAUCCGUCUAAUCCUCACCCAUGACGCCCGCACUUUCGACGUCAAUCCCGAGGCCGAAAAGGCGUACACGGCCCAGGUGCAGCGUGCGGUCGACAAUACCGUCUGGAAUAGCGGGUGUUCGAGCUGGUAUUUUACCGACAAUGGCUGGAACUCGACUGUGUAUCCCUACUCGCAAGUCUUCUUUUGGUAUCGUUGCCUGUUUGCCAAGUGGAGUGAUUGGAAUAUUGAGUACACACAUGAAGGAUUGGUUAUAAUGAGAAUAAGGAGGAUGCUGAGGAUGUCGGUGUCGCUGCUCGUGGUUUAUGGGGCAUGGAAAUUGAGUCUACAUGAGUUGGGGUUGAGGGAAUGGAAGUAUCUUGGCCGCAUUGUAGCGCAGGGUUUCAUGCAGAAUGCUAUGCAACUUGGUGAGAGGACAUGGAGUUCAAUUCGGCAGUAA